AUGAGACUGAAUGUGGCCAUUUUCUUUGGGGCUCUCUUUGGAGCUUUGGGGGUUUUGCUGUUUUUGGUAGCUUUUGGAUCGGAUUACUGGCUUCUUGCGACUGAAGUGGGCAGGUGUUCAGGUGAACAGAAUAUAGAAAACAUCACUUUCCACCACGAAGGCUUUUUCUGGAGGUGCUGGUUCAACGGCGUGGCGGAGGAGAACGACUCCAGCAUCUGGAAGUUCUGGUACACCAAUCAGCCGCCAUCCAAGAACUGCACACACGCGUACCUGUCCCCGUACCCCUUCCUGAGGGGUGAGCACAACUCCACCUCCUACGACUCUGCGAUCAUUUACCGUGGCUUCUGGGCAGUCCUGCUGCUCCUGGGGGUCGUGGCCGCCGUGACUGCGAGCUUCCUGAUCAUCUGUGCAGCCCCGUUCUCCAGUCACCUCCUCUACAAAGUUGGAGGAGGCUCCUACAUUGCCGCAGGCGUGUUCUUCUCCCUCGUGGUGAUGCUGUACGUCAUCUGGGUCCAGGCGGUGGCCGACAUGGACAGCUACAGAGCCAUGAAGAUGAAAGACUGCUGGGAGUUCUCGCCCUCCGUGCUGUACGGCUGGUCCUUCUUUCUGGCCCCCGCCGGCAUUGUCUUUUCCCUGCUGGCUGGCUUGCUCUUCCUCGUCGUUGGACGGCACAUCCAGACCCAUCACUGA